AUGAUUUCCAAGCCCUGGCACUCCUCGGGCUCCACCAUCACCUCCUGCUAUGAGCUGGAGAUGCGGGAGGUUCUCUCCCAGGUUGGGCAGCUCGGCCACCUCUGCACUGGUCUGAAAGAGCAGGUGGAGCAGCUUAAAUCUGCAAAAGUAGAACGUGCGGAUCUUGAGGACGUGCGCCGGCCCUUCCCGAAGGGAGGUCGGCAGAGCAUCACCAGCAUCCUGGCCGACCUCAGGUGCCAGGUGUCCUUCCUGCAGGACAUGGCCAGGACACUCCGCGGGGAGGAGGAGAAGAAGGUCAAGGCAGAGCGCAAGGAGCUGGGGAAGCAGCAGGAGCCGACCCAGGCCGAGCUGGAGCAGUUUGCAGCUGAGUAUGUGAAUAACUUGGUGAGGGAGACAGCACAGCAGCUGCAGGCAGAGGUGAGGCCCGGGGGCAGCGCUCCCAGCCCCCGCUGGCUAGGGAGGGUCCUGGCGGGGUCCCGGCCACGUCCCUUGGCUGGAUGGGGCCAUGGAGCCUCCACGGCACCUGGGCUUGUGGGCGGCAUCCAGCCCGGCUCAGAGCUGAUUCCUCCUCCCCUCCAGCAGCCGGACGAGCCGAGGGCGACGGUGCAGAGCGGGGGACACGAGCAUGCAGGGUGCCACUUCUGCAGCCCGGACACCAGGGUGCUGCUGGGGAAGCUCCUCCAGCGCUGCAAGAAGCUCGAGGAGCAGGUGGAGUCCCUGGCCCAGAAGGCGGGCGGCAAGGUGGACAAUUAUCCAAAGUGGAGGAGACAGUCCCUGCAGCAGGACGAGCAGAUCAAGUGCCUCCAGGCCAGCAUCAUGCAGCUCCAAAAGGACUAUGAGAAGUUCAGCUCGGCCCUUGCAAACCUCCAGCAUGAUCGCCAGCAGGAGCAGAAUGACAUCAAGGCUCUGUCCCAGGCCCUGGAGAGAAUCAAGAAGCAGAAAGCAGACAAGGAGGAGCUGCUGGUGCUGGGAAUCGAUGAGAAAGCAGACAAAGACAAAGUCAGUCGCAGCCAGUUUGAGGCGUGCGUGGAGCAGCUGAACAAGGUGAUGGAGGAGGUGACGGGCCAGGAGAAGUUCUUGCACCGGUUCCAGCAAGAGCUCCAGAGGCAGAUGGACUGCAAGCUGGACCGCCGGGAGCUGGGGGCAUUCCAGCAGCAGCAGGAGGAGCGGUGGAAGAGCCUCAGCGGGCAGCUCCAGGAGAAGGCGCUGCAGCCAGAGCGUGACGAUGCCGCUGGGAUUAGGAAGCAGCUGCUGCCUGGUUUCCAUUGCCUGUCCUGUGACCGGCCCCUCAACAUGCUGGCGUCUGGACCGGAGCGGACGGGCGAGUGCAGAUACCCCACUGUUCCGCGGAGCUGUGGGGGCCCACGCACUGUCAGGCCCCCGCGCUUCCAGCCCCAACCGCCCAGCACCCCACGGCCAUCCCAACCCAGUGCCCGCAGCCCCAACAAGAAGGACGCGAUGCAGCUGUCGGGCCAGGACGGCACUGAUGGGAACCGGCAGGACGAGCAGCUCUCCAUGAUGGGGGCUUCUCAGCUAUCCGCAAUGCCAAGGGCCACCCCAGACACCUCGACCUCGGGCAGCCAGCCAAGCACCCCCUCCUCACUGAGAUCAGCUGAGCUGAACACCAACCUGCCUCGUCUCCCGGACGCCUCACCCUGGCACCGAAGCUGCUGCCGCACAUCCAUCCCCCCCCCAGUGAACCAACCCCCUGACAGCCGGGCAGGACGGGGGUCCCGGCCCCGGUCCCACCGCCCCGGGCAGCAGCUGCAAUAAAUGGUUAUGGGCA